CGACAGUGGUAGCCAUCGAGGCGGUGCAACCUACACGUCUAGAUUAUUACCAGUCGCACAUUUCGUCAGCUAUCUACAUCGACCAACUUUCUGACAUCUGGCAAUUUGUUGGUUUCAUCGACAUUGUCAAACGCUGGCUGGCAAACAGCGACAAGCACCACCACGACGAGGCUUGAAUCCCACACUACGGCCCUCGUACCCAAACCUUGCCUUGCCGCCUUGUGGCCCACCUCGCUACGACUCGGCACCCAGCAGGCAGCAACAGCUCACCUGACCCAACACCAACCCGCUGCAACCAACCAACCACUUGCAACCACCCACCUUACACACCUGUACACCACAACGACUCCUACCUGCACACCGUCCACUCACCACACCUUGCGCCAUCCAACAGCUCGGCGUCGCCACCAAGCCCCCUACAUCCCUCCCCCCCGCGCCCCGCUUACAACACCCUCACACCCCCACCCCGCUCCCCGCAAUCGACAUCCGAAGGCCCAGGAACCAUUUGUCAAGCGAGCCUCCGAGGCCAGAACCGCACUCCUCUACCAGCCCCAACCCCCAGCAGCACCACCACAGCUUAGCUACCUGCUGCUGCUGCACGUUUUCUAGUCUAGAACAGCUCUCAACCAUCCUCCCCAUCUCCUCCAUCCACACCAUGACCUCCAUCUCGCAAGCACCGCCAGUCCUCCAGAUCCCACCCCAGAGCCCUGGCUUCCAAGGCGUUCCCACCGGCGGCAUCCUCAUCAACAGAGUAGAGGACGAGCGCGUACUCCCCCGCCGCAGCCCCACGGACCCGCCGUCCCCUAUCCGCAUCGCCGCUCCCGCAAGCGGCAUUGCUCGUGGCCGCCCAAAAUCGGUCAGCCUCCCUCCCGCAACCACUACCAGCUCAGAUAACGGCGGCCAGUCGUCGUCUCCCCGCAUCCGCUUCGCUCCCCUCCCCGACCCCGCCGUUCACGGCCGCACUCUCUCCGGCUCGCGCCCCGACCAGGACCACGUCUCAGAGGUCCGCAACCUCGGCCCCGGUGGUGCCGACAAUGACGAGGCGGUCGACGACAACGACGAGGACACGGACGAGGAGGACUAUGACUGGGAGGGAGAUAACAAUGGCCGCCGCCGCUCGUGGGCAGUAACCAUGGGCAUGGGCUCGUGGAAGUCGUCGUCCAAGAAGCUGCUUGGCGGCGGCAGCAGCUCAAAGUCCAAGCCUGCCAGCUAUGGCGCUCCACUCACAAAGAGUGUGUCGCAGCCCAAUAGCGUCAACAGCUCGCCAUUCCGAUGGACAGGUGGCAACGACUCGUCGUCAGCCAGCGGUCGCCGAGGCAGCUCGGUCGGUGCCCACCGCCGCGGCGCAAGUGGCGACAGCGGCAGCUUUGGCACGUCACCCAACCCCUCGGUCGGCGCCCGCAUGCUCAACGGCCGCGUGUACGGCGCCCGCCGCGCGUCCGAGGCUGCCCUCCAGGAGAAGAUCAACCGCGAAAAGCUCGAGCCCGCGUUCGUCGAGUGGGGUGCUGGCGGGCACGGCAGCACGCCGGUGUCCAAACCUGUCGAUACGACAGGUAAGGGUAUCGACGAUGACGACGGAGGUGGAAUGGCCUGGGUCCGCAGACGUCGCGAGGAGCGUGAGCGCAAGGAGCGUGAGGAGAAGGAGGCGGCUGCACGUGCCGCCGCCGCGGGUGAGAGCGCCGGCGCCUCGGCUAGCAAUGAGGAUGUCGGCCCCAUGGGAGAGAGCCUCGAUGCCGAGCAGCUGGGCGACCAGCGACCCGCCAGCCUAUCUUCGUCUGCUAGCUCAGUAUCGUCGCCUCGCCCUGCCGUUGGACCCCUCACACCUCGCGACGGCCAGGCCGAGUUUGCCCUCCCUGCUAUCCACAUCAGCGAACCGCCUUCCAAGGGCCCCGCGGGUGGCAUUGACAUCCCCCGAGGCCGCAGGGGUUACCCUGAGGAGAAGGAGGAGGAGGACAACGAGGACAACGACGACGAUGAAGACGACGAUGAGGAGGACGACGAGGACUUCCCCGCCGACGAGGACGAGGAGGAGGAGGAAGGCCUACCUGACCACCUUCGGAGGACUUGCGACGCCGCCGGAGUCGAGGUUCUCAGUCGGCACAAGUAGGCGUUUUGCGACGAAAGAUGAGCAUGAUGCCCCACACGGUGGUGUCGACAAUAAACAAUUUACAAUCAAGAAAAGAACAACAAGAUUGGGCCACGAUCCAUGCCCUUUAAGCACCCCUCCAUCUCUCCGUCUCCAGACCGCGACGCUUGACUCGGCAAAGGCGAAGCGACAAGCGGGCGCUCGGACGCGCAUAGAUCUCUCUUUGCUCGUCUCGCUCGCCUCGGUCGCUCGUUGGCUUGUUCGCUCGCUGCGAACCUUGCGUAUUGCGGAUCUCUCUUAAACUCAUCAGGCAGUAUGCCAGCCAGGCAGUGCGCCACAUGGCUACUGACCGUCGUUGUAUCCCCGUUCCCCAGCGUUGUACUGUUUUCCGGCUGUUAGUAUCGUGCGUGCGUGGUUUAUGCAUUGGAUUGAGCGUGA